UUUACGUCCCGCCGGGCGCGCCGCGUCGCCGCCUGAGGUUGUUCGGCCGGGGUCCGAGCUUCUCGCACCAUGGACACCAGCGACCUGUUCGCCAGCUGCAGGAAAGGCGACGUGGGCCGCGUGCGGUACCUGCUAGAGCAGCGAGACGUGGAGGUAAACGUUCGCGACAAGUGGGACAGCACCCCUUUAUACUAUGCCUGCCUCUGUGGGCACGAAGAGUUGGUCCUCUACCUUCUGGCCAACGGAGCCCGCUGCGAGGCCAAUACCUUUGAUGGCGAGCGCUGUCUCUAUGGGGCACUGAGCGACCCCAUCCGCCGGGCUCUGCGGGAUUACAAGCAGGUCACGGCCUCCUGCAGGCGCCGGGAUUACUAUGAUGAGUUCUUGCAGAGGCUCCUGGAGCAGGGCAUCCACAGUGACGUGGUCUUCGUGAUUCACGGAAGGUCCUUCCGCGCGCAUCGCUGCGUCCUGGGGGCGCGCAGUGCCUACUUCGCCAACAUGCUGGACACCAAGUGGAAGGGCCGGAGCGUCGUGGCGCUGCGGCAUCCGCUGAUCAACCCGGUGGCUUUCGGAGCCCUGCUGCAGUACCUGUACACAGGUGACUCCAUGCUCAGGUGCAGUGGGCGGGGCGAGGGCCACCUCGCUGGACAGCCAGGCCGCUUGGACAUCGGAGUGGAGCACGUGAGCGACUGCGAGCGCCUGGCCAAGCAGUGCCAGCUGUGGGACCUGCUGGGCGACCUGGAGGCCAAGUGCGAGAAGGUGUCGGAAUUCGUGGCCUCCAAGCCCGGCACAUGCGUCAAGGUGUUGACCAUCGAGCCCCCGCCCGCCGACCCCCGGCUCCGGGAGGACCUGGCGCUGCUGGCCGACUGCGCGCUGCCCCCCGAGCUGCGGGGCGACCUCGGGGAGCUGCCCUUCCCCUGCCCCGACGGCUUCAACAGCUGCCCAGACGUGUGCUUCCGCGUGGCCGGCUGCAGCUUCCUGUGUCACAAGGCCUUCUUCUGCGGCCGCAGUGACUACUUCCGGGCCCUGCUGGAGGACCACUUCCGAGAGAACGAGGAGCCUGCGGCCUCUGGGGACCCCCCGGUUGUCACCCUGCAAGGCAUCUCCCCCGAGGUCUUCACGCACGUGCUCUACUACGUGUACAGCGACCGCACCGAGCUGCCCCCCGAGGCGGCCUAUGACGUGCUGAGCGUGGCGGACAUGUACCUGCUGCCGGGCCUCAAGAGGCUGUGUGGCCGCAGCCUGGCCCAGCUGCUGGACGAGGACAGCGUGGUGGGCGUGUGGCGCGUGGCCAAGCUGUUCCGCCUGGCGCGGCUGGAGGACCAGUGCACGGAGUUCAUGGCCAAGGUCAUCGAGAAGCUUGUGGAGCGGGAGGACUUCGUGGAGGCCGUGAGGGAGGAGGCCGCGGCCGUGGCCUCCCGGCAGGAGACGGACUCCAUCCCCCUGGUGGACGACAUCCGCUUCCACGUGGCCAGCACCGUGCAGACCUACAGCGCCAUCGAGGAGGCCCAGCAGCGGCUGCGGGCCCUGGAGGACCUGCUGGUGUCUAUCGGCUUGGACUGUUGAGGCCAGGCCUGUGACCGGGCAGGCCUCCAGAUUGGGCCUCCCUCGGGCACGGGCGUGCGUGUGUGCAUCUGUGCAUGGAGUCUUCUUGCUCCUUGCACACUGAGAGCAUCGGGGUGGGCGGAGGGGCCUCGCUGGCCCACCCAGGACCUGGGGAACCCAAUGCACAAACCAGCUUCCAGGACCCCGGGCCGGGCACAACUCAGGAAAACCCGGGGCAGGGCCUCCGGCCUCUCGGGCCUCCCUCCCCGGCAUCUGGCCCCGGCCCAGCCCGGUCCUGGCUGGCUUUGACCCUUCCCGCGUGUGGGGCCGGGCGGGAGGGCCGGGCAGCAUGUGUGGUAAUAAAGAG